AAAAGAAAUUAAACAACACAAAGCGGUGGCACGCCGGCGGAUCGGAGCUAAUUAAUUAAUCCAUCAAUAUAUGGAGGCCGAUCCAGUGGUUCACCUGCCAUGCUCUUCCAUCGCAGUCGAUUCCGUAUUACGUCUGAGCUCCGCUGGAGCUAUCUGGGGUGCUUGCUAUGGCCCUUUUGCUGCUAAAAGACUAGGUCUAUCUGGAAGCUACCGAGCAUCGUACAUUGCCAAGACCGUCGGCCAGUGCGGGUUUUAUUGCGGACUAUUUGCUGCAAUAUUUUCUUUUUCUCACUGUGGAAUACAAAGAUAUCGGCGCCGGAAUGACUGGAUUAAUACUUUGUCAGCUGGUGUUGUUGCUGGGGCAGCUUUUGGUGUUGGAACCCGGAACUGGAAACAAGUCGCUGGUAUUACUGGGCUGUCUUGUACAUUUUUUCAGUUAGUUAAAGACUCAAAAUCUGUAUGAUGCUUCAUCUUCAAGAAUUCCAUAGAGGCAAGUCAACAAGACUCUUAUAGGAAUAGGAGUAUUAUUUUUACAUCUUCCAUUCCCGGUCCAGUUUUCUUCAUUAUCUAUGAAAUUCUCCACUCUACCCACUCCUGUGUAUUUGGAUGUGUGCGAUUGGUUUGCCACUCAGUUUUAUGUAGACAUUUGGCAUAGGCGGCAGGUACUCCUCUCCACAAUGCAAUGGAGCUCAUUCCGCUCAAGCUAUCAUUCAUGAUUACCGUGCCUACGCUAGACUCAGACAGUACUGUUUGCAGCUGUGCAGUUUACUGGAUUGUAAACGAAUGUUAACAUUUAUUUAUCUGGUAUCAUAAGGAAAUGUAGUAGUUUUUCUGAGGUUGACUCGCAUUGUACAACUUGCUGGUUACAUUUGUUGGUUUGAUUUUCUCGAUUCAUUUUCUCGUUACAUCUCA